CCUCGCUCGAGUUCUUUUCUCCAAGUGUUGUGCACUUAUUUACACGUGUUUCGAGAUGGCCCCGACCAAGGAAAAGGCCGCCGCGGCCCCGAAAGUGGCCAAACCCGGCAAAACCGGUGGUGACCAGAAGAAGAAGCGCGCGAACCGCUUCAAGAACGCGUUGUUGGCCGACGGAGUGCGUCGUUAUUCGAAGGGCAAGAUCGCCGCCCGGAAGGCGCUGUACUCGCUGAAGAACCUGAAGAAGGUCCGCACGGAGAAGCCGAAGGUGGCCAUUACGGUGGUGAAGAAGAUCGGCGGUGCGAAGAACGGUGGUGAGCGUAAGGUGCUGGUGAAGAAGAACAAGAGCUACCUGCCGACCAAGUCGCUGAUCCGUAAGCGGUCCGGCAAGCGGUGCUUCCGGAACCACAAGCGCAACAUCCGCAAGACGCUGAAGAAGGGCAAGGUGCUGAUCCUGUUGGCCGGCCGUCAUAAGGGAAAGCGCGUCGUCCUGCUGAAGGCGCUGAAGUCGGGUCUGCUGCUGGUGACCGGUCCGUUCGCGCUGAACAGCUGCCCGGUUCGUCGCGUCUCGCAGAACUACGUCAUCGCGACCAAGACCCGCGUCGAUCUGCGCAAGGCCAAGAUCCCGAAGCACAUCAACGACGGUUACUUCCGCCGGGCCUGCAAGAAGAAGAACACCCGCACCGAGAAGGACAUCUUCGCCGAAAAGGAGGAGAAGUACGUGCCGUCGGAGCAGCGCAAGGCCGACCAGAAGACCGUCGACGAGGAGGUCCUGAAGGCGAUCAAGGCGCACCCGGAGGCCAAGGUGAUCCGCCGGUACCUCAAGUCGAUGUUCUCGCUGCGAACGAACCAGUACCCGCACCGUAUGCAGUUCUAGAGGGAGGAACGGGAACCGAUUCCAGCAUCGUUUUAAGGAUUAAUUAUAUUGUCAGUGGAUAAAACCAACACGAAACAUAAUACAUUUAAAGGCCCGGCUCCUUUAACAGUGGAAUCCAG